UGAAAUUUCAACUGUCGCAAGUCUCGUUUAGAACCUGCUGUUGACAUUGUUUACGUUUUUACAACAUGUUGAUAUUGACACCGUUUGUAUUAUGACAGCUGACAACACGAUGUUAUUGAUACACUUGUGACAUUUAAAUGGCCGUGAUUUACUUCAAUAAGAUCUUGGUUGUUGAUAUUUAAUGUUCGAUUGAUUCCGUACAUUAUGAGUGGGAUGAAGCUGGCGUCGGCCGGCGACGAUAUCAAACUAUGGGAUGUCGAUUCGUCUUUUUCGCUGGUACAACAGUUCAAUCCUCACGAUCACAACGUUUCCAAAGUUUGCUGGAGUCAUGACAAUAGUUAUUUAUCCAGUGUGUCAAAUUCUAGUGACAAGCUCUCGUUGACUGCUGUGAAAAACUCAUCCGUAUCAAUACUUGAUUUAAAAUUUGUGACUGGAAGAGGUUUCUUGGAUUUUAAUUCAACAUCUCGCUAUAUCGUCAGUGGAAUUGACCAGGCCAUCAGUGUUUGGGACCUUAAAGUGAGGAGUCUACGCAAAACUUACAAGGGCCACACUGGAACGGUGACAUGUGCUAAGUUUAACUGGAAUGAUACGUACAUCGCUUCAGGCUCUGACACAGGGGAGAUAAUUGUGUACAAUGCUGUAUCGGGACAAGGCUGCAGUCCAAUGGUUGCUCCUAAGGCACAGGCUGUUAAGGAGAUUCAAUACAGUCACUUUAAGAAGUCAUUACUGGGUUCAGCAUCAGAUGAUGGGGCUGUUAACCUGUGGGAUACCAACACACGUCGUCUUAUCCACAGUUUCAGUGAUGCCCACCGUGCACCUGCCACUGGCAUUAACUUCUCUCCCAUCAACGCAAUAUUCCUUAUAUCUGUUGGCCUUGACAAGCGCAUUAUCUGCUAUGAUCUGGAAGGCAAGAAGUAUCCAAAGGUGAUUGUAGCAGAAAGUCCCCUCACUUCUGUGGAUGUAAUGCCUGAUGGUGCAACAGUUGCCGUUGGAUCUACACGUGGCAAAAUAUACAUUUAUGACCUUCGCCAAGGUGACACACCUGUUAAAGUCAUGAAUGCCCAUAAGUCAUCAGUCCAGUGUCUGCGGUUCACCAACAACAUACAGUCUGAGUCUCUGAGUAAAAGUGGGUCAAAGAUUGCCAACAGUAAGGAUGUGUCGCCACCCAAUAGACGACAGCUCCCUCAAGCUCCAGCAGACUCCUCUAACAUCACAGUUGAGAAAACAGAUUAUGGUCCCAGAAGGAUGGAUGGGAGCUUGCCUGACAAUGACACUUUUUCUCCUGUCAAGGACUCCCAUGCUAACUCACUGACUGGGUAUAGUGACCGAGAAGCAGAGCAAAUGUCAAAUUCUGGCUCAAAUCUGGGAUCCUUCCUCCGUCAGGACAAUCAGUCAUCAAGUGGCAUCUUCUCACCUCUUGCUGAUGCAGGAAGCUGCAACUAUCAUGAAAAUAUUGGUGUGUCUCCACUUUUCACCAACCACAGCAAUAAUCUUACCCCAUCCUGGAACACACCGGUCUCUGACAGCAACACAUACGGUUUGACGGUCAAUGGAUCAAGGUCUCAACAAGAUAACUACUACAGCAGUAGUAAGUUUUCUUCGCCUCCUGGAAUGGGUACUCCAUCCAGUGCAAGCCAUGGUAAUCAACGCAACAUUCAAGACAGUGUCAUGUCAAAUGGAGGAAGUCCAUAUUUGCAAAAUGGUAUAUCAAGGUCAAAGAGCCAAGGUCAAGGUCAAUCUCAUGUGUACAGGUCUAGUACUAGUCCUAGUCGCUCCACCCCUUCACAUGUUGGAGCAGAGGUUGCCCCAAGGGUCAGUCCAUCUCGUCCAACUGGUAUCAGUGCAUCACCAAGCAUUCCUGUGUUAAAUCUGGAUGAUUCACCAGGAAGUUGUGCAGGGGCAGAUAACUCUGGAGUGAAACAGUUCCCUUCCCCAGAGGGUGUGAAUGCUGUGACCAGUGUGUAUUCUGCAUCAGUAGAUGCAACUUCACAGCAUCUGACACAUAGGGGUAAGGAUUCAUAUAACCUAUCACACAGGAGUCAAAUUUCACAGGACACAUUUAAUGGGGGCCAAAGUUCAGAAAAUGUCUUGCAGGGAAGUUAUGGUUCACAAAAUCAGGCAUAUGGAAGCAAGAGUUUAGAAGAAGGUCAAAAGUUGGAGGUAGGACCACAAGCUUUACCAGCAGGGAACUUCCAGACACAGGUGUUAAGGAAUUUAAUACGUGAUGAGCUAGAGGACUUUUACGACCAGAUGCAUCGUGAAAUGCAGAAUCUACAGGUGGAGAUGAUCCGCCAAUUCCAAAUUCAACAGAACGAGGUAAACAGCUUGUUGCAGCAUUACUCUGUAAAUCAGGAUCUGGUGGCUGAGGUAGAGAAACUACGCGAAGAAAACAAACGACUGAAAAAACAUUUCUGAUGUUUCUAGAGUUAAAACAAAGGACUCCCCAACAAAUUUAGGAGAGAAUUUAUUCCAGAAACAUCUGUGAUGUAUAGAGAUGUGCCUUGAAUUAUAAAGAAUAUUUCUUCUUUCUUUCAGUACAGCAUUCAAUGAAUCAACAGAGCUCAUUAAAUCUUUAAAUGUAUGAUUUCUUAUUUGAUACAAUAACAUAGAAGUGAAAUGUUAGUUAUGAUGGUACUUUUUAUACUUCUGAAUGUAACAACCCACUAGCAACAUAAAUACAUAAAAAUGGAAGCCUAUUAACAUCAAUCUGUCUUAAGUGAAAUUAGGUAUACAAAGUUUUGUUUAGUUUCACCACCAGUCACUACACUGCUGUUAUCAAGUCAACAUUUGAUCAGUUACCAAAUGGUAGAUCAAUAUUUUGGAGUACAUCUAUCCUUUCUAUGUCUUUUGUAGUAAUCGUUUUGAUCCACAUAACAAGCUGCUUUAUCCUUGCCUUUAGAUAUAGAAUGAUGGCUGUGUAUUUUGGCCGCUACCACCUAUAGAAAAAGAAACUCAGUUUUCAUUAUGUCUCUUGUAACAUUUAAAGAAAUGCCUCUUUGAUUAACUGUUCCCAUAUUCUUAAUUUGAACUCUUAGUGUUAUUUAACAAAUUCACAAUCCAACAUAGACAAAGCCUUUUCAAUG